CACGAGCACCAGCAGCACCACGACCAGCCAGACAACUACUCCACCACGCCAGCACCAGGAAUUCCUGCUCCAGCUGCGACGCGCGAAUCUUUCGUCGUCGCGCCCUUCUCGCAACUGGAAGAUGACUUCCAAGAGGCCGAACUAGCGAGGGACGGAACGUCGCACGCAGAGACAUCUGCCGCCGGCUUCGGAGACCUCCUGCAGCGCGCCAAGCGCCACAUCCUCGACUGGUGGCACGGAGCGGAACCGAGUCAUCACAAGGAAGUUUCAGCCCCGCACUCCCGCGUCCGUCGUCAGGAGGAUGACUACGGCAAUGAAGAUGAUUACGAUGAGAACUACAACGGACCGGACGACGCAGAUGACGACGAGAAUGGCAACUACGACCAGAAUGGCGAGAACGGCAAUGGGGACAACGGCUACGGACCAGAAAACGGUGAGGAAGACGUGCCGAUACCGGGAGACAAUGACGACGAGGACCUCUACGAACUGGGCCCGCAUUCCGGCUCCGGGGCCGGAAGCCACGGCAUCGCGUCCCCUACCACGACUUCUCCAGAACACGCACCCGCAGAGCCGCAGCCUCCAGGCUCUCCACGCUACUACCGCAUGACGCUGGUCCUUCUGGAGCCGUACCAUGAAGACAUGGCCAACCGCUCCAGUUCCAGGUUCGAGGACCUCAGCAGGCAACUGGUGGAUUUUGUCCAGCGGCUGUACGAAGACCUACCGGGAGAACAGCGUGCGAUGCUCAUCAGACUCCAGCCAAAUGGUGACCCAUUCAAGUCAGUAGCUACCUUGGACAUCGGGACACGCUAUUUCUACGAUGCGGAACAAAUUCGGCAGCGGAUCUACGACCAUAUCCGCAACUACCGGUCUCUGGACAAUAUCCCUGCAACUGCCGAGGGCUUCACCUUCAAAGAGUUCAGCGGCCAAAACGGCGCGCGCCCCACCGCAUGUGCUCCAAACGAACUGCCCUGUCGCAGUGGCGAGUGCCUCCCGGCAUCCACGCGAUGCAACGGCAGGCAGGAGUGCGAGGACGGUUCCGACGAGGCAGGAUGUCCUCCUCCGGCGGUUACAGUGCCAGUGUCCCGUAGCCCGCCUGUGUACGCCGAUACGACUACCACUAGCACAACCACCACCACCACAACAACCACGACCACCACAACUCCUGCCCCGACACCUCCCGUCCUCCCGACCGAGCCCGAACCGGUAACUCAGCGUGCCCCGGAGCCACUGGAGUCCGAUAGCCUCGCCCGUGGAUCGGGAGCUAUUUUGCCGACGCCUCCGCCGACAUUCGAGGACGAGUGCCGUGCAGACGACAAGGUGCGCUGCGCAGACAACUCGCGCUACAUCUGCGCCGUGCAGCGGUGCGACGGCACCGAAGACUGCCGCGACGGAUCCGACGAGAGGGACUGCCCCGGACAGUCGACCACCACCACGACGUCGACAGCUGCUCCAGAGCCAGAACCGACUGAGUGCGCCGUCGGCGAGUUCCUGUGCGACCUCAGCCGGUGCAUCCUGGCGUCCCAGCGCUGCGACGGGGUGCGGGACUGCGACGACGGCACCGACGAGCACGAGUGCCCCACGCAAGCGCCCCCUGAGGACGGCUUCCGCUGUGACGACGGCACCUUGAUCGAGUACUUCAAGCGCUGUGACUAUGUAGACCACUGUAGCAAUGGAGAAGACGAGAGGGGCUGCGGAGAACCGGCAGCCUGCGACCCGCGCUCGCAGUGGCAGUGCAACAUGGGAGAGUGCAUCGACCAGAGGCUGGUGUGCGACGGCAAGCGGGACUGCCCCAGGGACGGCUCGGACGAGGAGAACUGCCCACCCAGGCAAUGCACGGAGGGCGAAUUCCGCUGCAGGAUCAGCGGCCGCUGCAUCUCGCAGGCGCAGAGGUGCGACCGGCGGUACGACUGCGGCGACGAUGAUUUCUCGGACGAACAGAACUGCCCAUGCGGCGAGGGCGAUUUCAGGUGCGACAACGGCUUCUGCAUCGACGGCGGCCAGCGCUGCGACGGCGUCAGGCAGUGCCAGGACGGCAGCGACGAGGCGCGAUGCCCCCCUACGACCGAUACGCGGCCGACACCGCCCUCGUCUUCCGGCUGCCGGAGGGACGAGUUCCGGUGCAACGACGGUCGCUGCCUCGGCAUCUCGCAGCGCUGCAAUGGCGUCCGGGAGUGUUCGCAGGGAGAGGACGAGCGAGGCUGCGUGACGUGUCUGCCGUCCGAGUUCAAGUGCCAGGACCAGUCGCGGUGCAUCGACCAGUCGCUGCGGUGCGACGGGCGCUACGACUGCCCGGACGGGAGCGACGAGGGAGAUCUGUGCACCACGCUUCCACCUGAAGAAGUCGCUCCGUGCCCGGGAACCGACUUCACCUGCUCGGACGGCAGCUGUAUUCCGAUAGAGCUGGUCUGCGACGGUCGCGCGGACUGCCCGCGCGGUCUGGACGAGUUGGACUGCGGUAACGACGUGACGUCACCGCGCCCUACCGUGGAAGAUCGAACUGUUACCGGCUUCACUGCAGCGGAACCUUCGCCACCGGACAGUGGCUCGGCAACCACCUGUGCUCCUUCCCAGUUCACGUGCCGGGACGGGACGUGCAUCGAGGCCAGCCGCCACUGUGACAGGACUUUCGACUGCCCCGACUACUCGGACGAGGAGAGAUGUGAGGGAGUGUGCGUCCCGGGUGAGUUCCCCUGUGCCGACGGAAGUCAGUGUGUGCCAGAGUACCAGCGGUGCGACAGACAACGCAACUGCAGGGACGGGUCCGACGAGGAAGACUGUGAAGGCUGCGCGGACAACCAGUUCGAGUGCAACGACGGCACUUGCAUCGACCUGGCGAGGCAGUGCAACGGCUUCCCGGAGUGCCGCGAUGGCAGCGACGAGUUCAACUGCCCCGACACUGACUUUGACCCCGAGGUGCCUGGCGGAGGCUACACCACUGACAGGGAGCCCGAUUUCAGCCGCUCUCCGGAUUCCACCGAGUAUCCGACUGGCGCUCCGCCGGUAGAUGAAGAAGAGUGCACGGCUGAGCAGUUCCGCUGUUCAAAUGGCGUGUGUAUUUCUGACGCGUUCCGCUGUGACGGCUACCCCGACUGCAUCGAUGGUUCUGACGAGACUGGAUGCCCGCGGCGUGAGUGUGCCGUGUCCGAGUUCAGGUGCCGCGAAGGGACGUGCAUCCCGCUGGGCCGCCGGUGCGACGGGCGGACGGACUGUUCCGACUUCUCUGACGAAUACGAUUGUCCAACACCUGCUCCAACAUGCAGUGCUCUGGAAUUCACUUGUGGGGAUGGCAGCUGCAUCGACCGUCGACGCGUCUGUGACGGACGUCCUGAUUGCCGUGACUACUCGGACGAGAGGGACUGUGCUUGCAGGCCCGGAGAGUUCCGCUGCCGGGACGGACAGUGUGUGCCCGACUACCAACGGUGUGACGGAGUGGCACAGUGCCGUGACAGCAGUGAUGAAUACGGAUGUCCUCCGCGCCCGCCGCCACCCACGCCACCCUCGGGAAACUGCUUGCCCGGGCAGUUCGCGUGUGCCAGCGGAGGGGAGUGUGUGCCGCAGUCGUCAGUGUGCAAUGGCCGACCCGACUGCAGGGACCGCUCGGACGAGAGGGACUGCCCUGCCGUACCAACUGUCGGAGGCCUCAACCUGAAGACUUAUCCUGACGACCAGAUCAUCAAAGAAAGCCGCGAGGUGGUAUUCCAGUGCAGAGACGAGGGGCCGCUGAGGGCGCGCGUCCACUGGCUGAGGGCCAACAACCAGCCACUGCCGCCAGGCUCACGGGACGUCAACGGUCGUCUGGAGAUGCCGGAGAUACAGCUUGAACAUUCUGGAACGUACAUAUGUGAAGCAAUUGGGUACUAUCCUUCAACUCCCGGAGCGAGGGCUUAUGUCACACUGACGGUUGAACAAUUGGACCUGCCCGUAACACGACCAGCGUACACCUGCCAACCGUACGAAGCCACCUGUGCCAACCUCGACUGCAUUCCCAAGGAGAAGGUCUGUGACGGAAACUUUGACUGUGUGGAUGGCUCGGACGAGAUGCGGUGCAGUGCCCACGGAUGUGAGCCCAACGAAUUCCAAUGUGACAACAAGAGGUGUGUGCUGAAGACGUGGCGCUGUGACUCGGACGACGACUGCGGCGACGGCUCUGACGAGCAGAACUGUGCAACUAAUCCGCCAGGUUCUCCGUGCCGAUACAACGAAUUCCAGUGCCGCUCGGGUGACCAGUGCAUCCCUAAGUCGUUCCAGUGUGACUUGGAAGUGGACUGCCAGGACAGGAGUGACGAAAUUGGCUGCUCUCCCGUCUACAUUCAGACCCCUCCACCACCUAUGGUAAAUCUCAACAUCGGCGACACGAUGAACAUCAGCUGCACUGCGAUCGGCGUCCCUACCCCGGAGGUGGUCUGGCGUCUCAACUGGGGCCACAUUCCAGCCAAAUGCACGACCAGGAGUGUGAAUGGUGUUGGCACUUUAAUCUGCCCUGACAUCCAGGAGACGGACCAGGGAGCGUACAGCUGCGAAGCCAUCAACACGCGUGGCCCAGUGUUUGCAGUGCCGGAUGCCAUCCUGGUGGUGAACCGGCCACCUUCCGUGUGCCAGCGAGGCUACUUCAACGACCUGGCCUACCGCCCGUCAGACUGCAUCCCUUGCUUCUGCUUCGGCGUCACGUCGGACUGCUCCAGUGCGGACCUGUUCACGUAUCAGUUGCCUCCACCACUGGACGCGACAACACUGGUUGGAGUGCGCAUCGACCCGCAGACGGGAGCUGUUAGCAUCAGUCCGCAGCUACCGCGGUCGCGUCCCGGCAUCCGGCCACUCGACAGGUCGAGGGGCAGCUUCCAGGUGUACUCAGUGGAGCGUACAUCUGACGGCAUAUACCCGUACUUUGCUAUGCCGGAGAACUACCUGGGUAAUCAGCUCAAGUCCUAUGGAGGCUACCUGAAGUACACUGUCAACUUUGUCGGCCAAGGAAGACCCAACAACGCUCCUGAGGUCAUACUUUCGGGUAACAACUACACACUGGUGCACGUCCCGCGGCAGCAGCCCGAGGCGGGCCGCGACAACGACAUGUCGGUCCGCUUCUUCUACGGUGAAUGGUACAAACGGACCGGUGCCAGGCCUGGCGGUGAUAUUCCUGGGGGGCCUACGGAUGUCCUCGCCUCUCGUGAGGAGAUCAUGAUGGCUCUCAGCAAUGUGGACAACAUCCUCAUCAAGACCCAGCACACAGACGGAGGGCUCCUUAGCACGACAUUAUCCAACAUCCACAUGGACUCUGCUGCGAUCCGCAACACCGGCCAAGGACAGGCAGCUUUCGUGGAGGAGUGCCGCUGCCCACCCGGUUAUGCUGGCCUCUCUUGUGAGAGGUGCGCCGAAGGCUACGAGCACCGCCCGCAGGGCCCGUGGCUGGGCGUGUGCGUGCCCAGUGCACCGCCGACACCGCAGUCGUGCCGGCCGGGCGAGUACGGAGACCCGCAGCGCAACAUCCCCUGCCAGCCGUGCCCCUGCCCACUUACCAGCCCUGGCAACCAGUUUGGACGCACGUGUUUCUUGGACACCGAUGGACAGGUUACCUGUGACUGCCCGCCAGGAUAUGUCGGACGCCGUUGUGAACGCUGUGAUGUGGGAUACACUGGGAAUCCUCUUAUCCCAGGGGACUCUUGCUCUCCAGGUGGUCCGUGCGAUGCUGCUGGUAGCCUCUCGACUGAAGUGGAUCCUGUGACUGGGCAAUGUCGUUGCAAGGAACUGACAACGGGGACCCUGUGCAACCAAUGCAAGCCCAACUCUUUCCACCUGGCGUCGCAGAACCCUGAGGGCUGCAUCAGCUGCUUCUGCAUGGGCAUCACCGACUCUUGCACCAGCUCCUCCUGGUACCGCAAUCAGAUAACAUCAGCAUUCACACGCGACGCACAGGAUUUCAAGCUUGUUGAUGACCCCCUCAACCUGGACCGACCCAUAACAGAAGGACUGCGUGUUGACCCUGUGGCCAGGGAGCUGGUCUUCCAAGAUUUCUCCAGGCGCAGCCCUGUAGUGUACUAUUGGAUGCUGCCCCCGCAGUUCCUGGGAGACAAGGUGACCUCGUACGGUGGAUACCUGAACUACACGGUGCGCUACGUCCCGGCCCCCGGCGGCCAGAGCUCCAGGAACAAUGCCCCAGAUGUCGAGCUCAUCAGCUCGAACGACAUCAAGCUGAUGUACUUCGGGCGCGACCAGAUCGAGGCGGACCGACCGCAGACCGUUUCGGUGCCGCUGCUGGAGCAGUACUGGCAGCGCAACGACGGGCAGCAGACGCACCGCGACCACAUCAUGAUGGCGCUCGCCGACGUCCAGGCCAUCCUCGUCAAGGCCACCUACACCACCAACACCCGCGAGGCUGCGCUGAUCCGGGUGGAGAUGGAUAUAGCCGAGGAGCGCAACACCGGCCAGUACCGCGCUUUCCCGGUGGAGCAGUGCGCGUGCCCCGUGGGAUACCGCGGCCUGUCCUGCGAAGACUGCGAUGCGGGCUACACGCGCUCCUUCGAAGGUCUCUACCUCGGACUUUGCGAGCCCUGCAACUGCAACGGACACUCCGACGAGUGCCACCCGGAGGAAGGAACUUGCUAUAACUGCCGAGACCACACCACCGGUCCAAACUGUGAGCAGUGCGAGCCAGGCUACGAGGGUGACGCGACACGUGGAACAGCUGCCGACUGCCGUCCUACCGGAGACAGGCCUCCGACCAGUGACACGUGCUACUGUGACCCGCGGGGCAGCCGCGGACCUGACUGCCCGUGCGUCUGCAAGACAAACGUGGAGGGCGAACAGUGCAACCUCUGUCGGCGGGGCACGUUCUCCCUGUCCGAGGACCACGUCGAGGGGUGCCUGGAAUGCUUCUGCAACGGUGUGUCCGAGACCUGCCAGGCGUCCGACCUGUACCGCCAGCAGAUCCCGAUGCAGGUGUUCGACGAGAACCACGGCUUCACGCUCGCUGACAACAACAGACAGACAAUAAUCAGAGACGGAUUCACAGUGAAUAUGGCCCGCAACGAGAUCGAACACCGUGUGAGUGGAGCCGAGCAGCGACUGUUUUGGUCUCUGCCCCCUUCGUUCACUGGUAACAAGCUCGAGUCGUACGGCGGCUAUCUGAACAUCACACAGUCGUACUCGGCGCAGCCGAACUCCCGCCGCUAUUACGACACGGACAUUGUUAUUGUGGGCAAUGGAAUCAGCAUCUACUGGUCAGGCGUCCCAGAUACCAGGCCUGACGUACCAUUUACAUACAGCGUGCAGCUGAAGGAAGGUGUGUGGCAGAGGCUGCUUUUGGGAGGUCCGGGACCCGCGUCUCGGCAGGACAUGUUGCGCGUGCUGUCUGCCGUCGAGGCUAUCCUGGUGCGCGCCUUCCACGCGACACUCACCACCGCCACUCGAAUCUCCGACAUCUCCCUCGACACGGCAGUGCCGCAGCCUACGGGUCAGGCAGCUGUCCGCGACGUCGAAGUGUGCCGCUGCCCGCCCGGUUACCGAGGAUCGUCCUGCGAGUCUUGCUCGCCCGGCUACUACCGCGACACGAGCCGCGGGCCGGAGAGUGCCACCUGCGUUCGCUGCCCGUGCAACGGCAACGAGGAGAGCUGCUACGCCGACCGCGACGGCCGCGUCACCUGCGUCUGCCAGCCCGGCUACACUGGCCGCUACUGCGACUCCACAGAACGACCACCAAUUGUGACACCAUCACCGUUGCCGGGAUCUACCGACUCUCCGCAGCCGACCAUAACGGUCAGAAUUUCUGAGCCAUCCAUCCAGAUUGUCGAAGCCGGCAGCACUGUCCGCUACAGGUGCACGGGAGUGUCUGUCUAUGAGGUUCCAGUGAGCCUGGUCUGGACCAAGGAAGGCGGAGAGUUGCCGGACAGGGCUUACGACGACCGCCGCGGCACGCUCACCAUCACCAGUGUCGUGCCGUCUGACUCCGGCACUUACAUCUGCACGGCAUCCGACCAGUACAGCAUCCAGACGAGCCGCGCCGUGCUCACUGUAGGAGGGUCCGGUUCAGAACCGCCGAGAGUCGAAGUGCGGCCUCAGUACCUGACCGUCAACGAAGGCGACAGUGCAGAGUUCGAGUGCUCGGCUUCCGGAAUACCCCAGCCCGACAUCAGGUGGACGCCAGAUGAAGGCCGCCAGCUCAGCCCACAGGUGUACUACAGUGGAGGCGUAUUGCGCAUACCGUCAGUACGCAAGUCGGACGAGGGUCGGUACACGUGCUCGGCCAGCAAUCCUGCAGGAGAGGACAGGCGCACCGUCUACCUCUAUGUCUCUGAUUCGCCAGAACCUUCGGUUCAGCUCACGAUGCAGCCUUCUACGUACGACGGCCCCGAGGGCGCGACAGUGGUCCUGCGCUGCCUCGCCGGAGGCGUGGCGGGUGCGCCGCCCCCGCGCAUUACCUGGAGCCGCCAGGGCGCCGAGCUGCCGCCGAACGCCCGCCAGGACGACGACGGGCGCGGGUCGGCCACUCUGGAAAUCCCGUCUGCAACUGCGGCUGACUCCGGCGUGUACGUGUGCACGGCUGUGAGGACGACCCCGCCGUCCUACACUACCAGCACCGUCAGAGUAGUCGUCACUGCCUACAGGCAACCACCGCUCGUGAGCAUCGAACCGGAACGUCAGACGGUGGCGCAGGGAUCGUUGGCAGAGCUCCGUUGCGUGGCUUCUGGUGACCCCACACCGGCCAUCACUUGGAGCAAGGCCAAUGAGGAACUGUCGAGCAGCUCACAGGCUGUAGGCCCAGUGCUGAGAAUUCCCAACGUCCAGGUCCAGGACCGAGGCAUCUACAUCUGCACAGCCGAGAGUCCGUCUGGAACGUCGCAGGCCUCUGCUGUGCUUGAAGUUGAACGUCGCGAAUCGCCGCGGGUCAGUCUGUUCCCGACAGAGCAGCAGACGGUCAUCACAGGAGGAAGCACCCUCCUGCAGUGUCGUGUCGAGGCCGGCAUUCCGGCGCCCACCGUCACCUGGUCGCGCGUCGACGGCAGGCCGCUGCCGUCCACUGUCGAGGAGCUGCCCGGAGGGGUCCUCAGGUUCACGGGAAUGACGAAAGAAGACGAGGGAACGUAUCUGUGCGUCGCCCGUAACGAGGCGGGUGAAGCGCGCCUGACUGGCUCCAUCUCGGUGCAGACUCCGCCGCAGAUCACACUGCUUCCCUCACAGCAGGUGUCGGUGAACGCCGGCCAGAACAUCCGACUCGAGUGCCGUGCCACCGGUGACCCUCUUCCCAACGUCUUCUGGCAGACGAUACAGCGUCCAUUUGCCGUGGAGUCGGCGGCACGACCGUCAGUGGCCAUACUACAAAUCAAUGGCGCGAGCCGCGCAGACGAGGGCUCCUACAGCUGUCUGGCGCAGAAUGCGGCCGGAUCCGCCGAGGAACGCCUCUACCUCACUGUUGUCGAUGCUGGUGCCGGAGUGUAUCCGCCUGGAAAUGACACUUACUAUCCUCCGUACCCGCGGCCGACUCGUCCCUACAGCACCGAGCCACCUUUCGGCCAGGAGACCGGCGCCGAAGGUGAAGGGGGAGUCAAGGAACCGACUCCCAGGCCCGGAUACCCGCAGUACCCCGGCCUCACCGUAUCCAGCCAGCGUUUCGAGCUGCCGGUCGGCGGUAGUGGCGAUCUCCGCUGCUCCCUCUCAGGCCGUGACCCCCAGAUCGACCGCAUCUUCCUGCGCUGGAUACGGCCGGACAACCGCCAGUUACCACGCAACAGCUACGAGCGCGACGGCAUCCUGAGCCUGCGCAACGUGCAAUACGGGGACGAGGGCGAGUACAUCUGCCAGGGUGUCAGCCCCACGGGCCAGACCGUCUUCAGCGCCAGUACCUACGUCGAGCUGAUCGAGCUGCCACGGAUCCGGUUAGAGCCGGAACACCAGGUGGUGAGGCCGGGUGACUCCGCACGCAUCGAGUGCUCUGUGGUCGGCACGCCUCCCAUCGACAUCAGGUGGCAGGCCGUGGGUCGCGGACUGCCCCCCUCCGUCACGACGUCCGGCGGCGUUCUUCAGUUCCAGGGCAUCACUGUCGCUGAUACGGGACGCUACAUCUGUUUAGCAACCAACAGAUACGGACAGGCAGAAGGUGCCGCAGAAGUGAUUGUCGAAGACUACGAGUCGCGCCCACCAGUAACUUCCCCGGUCCAGCGCGACCAGACGGCAAACGUGGGCAGCCGCGUAGAGCUGCAGUGCCGGGUGUCGCAGAUUGCGGACAGGGGAGCCUCGUACAGCUGGACGCGCUACGACCGUCGCCCGCUGCCGCCCACGUCGACGCGCAGAGGGGACACCCUGGUGCUCAAUGACGUCCGGCCCGAGGACUCGGGUCGCUACGUGUGCACCGUGACCGAGGCCUACCCCGGCAACCGCCAGUUCUCCGAGUACAUCGACCUGCGUGUCGAGCUGUACACGGCGGGUGGGUGCUACUUCGCCCCUCCGGGCGUCUCCGGCGUGGCGGCUGUGGGCGGCUUCCAGUGCCGCACUGGGGAGUGCGUCCCGCUCACGGCUCAGUGCGACGGCCGCAUCGACUGUCGCGACGGCAGCGACGAGCUCUACUGUGGUGGCGGACCUGCCGGCUACCGCAGGGGCGGACGGGGAGUGUCGAGCCUGUCACUGCACGUCGACGCGAGUAGCCAGCAGGUGCGAGCGGGCGACAACGUGGACCUGCGCUGCCGUGUCUCCGGGGCGGACGGCUCGGUGCCUGUCAACUUCCGCUGGACCAAGGAGGACCGCGACCGGCAGCUCGACGGCAACGUGCAGACUGCCAACGAACUGCUCAGGAUAACAAACGUGAGGCCAGAAAAUGGAGGUGUGUACAGGUGCACGGCUUACACCGGUGCUGGAACCUUCAGUGAAGACUAUGUGCUCACCAUUCAGGACAUACCUGACCCAAUGAAUGACGACGCUGCAGCCAUCGAAACACUGACAGCAGAAUACGGGUCGACGGUGAGCAUGGAGUGCAAGACUGACCUGGAACCUCCUGUGAACUACCGGUGGUCACGCCAGGGUGGUGACCUGCCGGAUAAGGCAGAGGAGAGACAGGAGUGGCUUCAGAUCCGAGAGGUGACGGGCCGCGAUGCGGGCACGUACACUUGCACGGCGGACAACGGCAACUUGCGGAUGGACAUCCCGAAGGUACUGGUAGUGACGGGCGUGGUGCCGUACUUCUCACAGGAGCCCAACGCGUACACGAAGCUGCCGACGCUGUCGCAGGCUUACGUCGGCUUUGACGUGUCCGUCUCCUUCAGACCAGAUUCUCCAGACGGUAUGAUUCUGUACAACGGAGAGAAGUCAGGGGACGAGGGCGACUUCAUCUCGCUGGGUCUGGUAGACGGUCGAGUCGAGUUCCGCUUCAACGUCGGAUCUGGCCCUGCAGUGAUAACGUCCCGUGACCGCAUCCGGCUGGGAGAGUGGCACACCGUGCGCAUCGUCCGGGACAAGAAGCGCGGUUCGCUGUACGUCGACAACCGGGAAGCAGUUACAGGCGAGACGACGGGUCUGUUCCAAGGACUGGACCUGAAGGAGCCCCUGUUCAUCGGCGGCGUGCCCGACUACCGCCAGAUCAGCAGCCAGAGUGGCUUCGCCAAGGGCUUCAAGGGCUGUGUCAGCCGGCUGGUGCUAAGUGCCGCCAGCCAGCCCGUCGACCUGAUGCGGGAGGCGAUCGAGAGCGAGGGCGUGACGGCGUGCGACGCCUGCAGCCACUCGCCCUGCAGCAAUGGCGGCGUCUGCCAGGAGGCGGCCGACUCGCCACGCGGCUUCACCUGCCUCUGCACACCCGGAUUCUCCGGGACCCUCUGUGACCGCUACGGCGAGGCCUGCUACCCUGACGCUUGCGGACCGGGACGGUGCCACGUGGAUGACGAGAGGGGCCUUAUAUGUUUCUGCCCGUUCGGACGCACGGGACCGAGGUGCGAGCGGGAGGUGAGCGUGCGCACACCCAUGUUCAACGGGGAGGCCUACCUCGCGUACACCACCCCUGCGAGGGCGACUUCCAAACUGAUAGUGUCCAUCAAGUUCCGACCAGACGACCUCAAUGACGGCAUCAUAGCGUACAGUGGCCAGUCGACAGACGGAAGGGGAGACUUCUUCGCCAUCGUCAUCCACAACAGGACCGUCGAAUUCCGCUACGACACUGGAGCAGGACUGAAGGUACUGCGCAGCCGGCACAGGCUGGUGGCCGGCGAGUGGACGUCGCUGACGGCGCGCCGCGACUACAAGGAGGCGUCACUGACUGUCGCCGAGGACCGGCAGACGCGGCUCGAGAGUGCCGGUGGGCGCGGGGCUGCCAACCGCGGGCUCAACCUGCGCACGCCGCUCUUCCUGGGAGGUGUCAACUGGGCUGCCAUCACCGUGUCACAGAACGCCGCCGUAACGCGCGGCUUUGUCGGCUGCAUCUCUGAACUGAAGGUGUCUGGCCGGACGGUGGAUCUGGUGAACGCAUUGGUGGAAGCGGCAAACGUGGAGGAGUGCGUCGACCGAACGCCACCUCCGACGGCCAGCGACGAAGGCUUCGGCCCGACGGCCGUAGGUGGCUGCCGCGGUGACAUGAACCCCUGCCAAAACUCUGCACGUUGCAUCGAGGUUCCUGGCUCCGGUCGCUACUACUGCGACUGCCCACCGGGAUACACGGGAACGAACUGCGAGACGGCACUGCAGGACCAAGAGGACGCGCUGUGCCGCUCACUGCGGCCGUGCCAGAACGGCGGCUCCUGCGAGACGCGCGGCUCCACCUACCACUGCCACUGCCCCAUUGGCUGGACCGGAACCAACUGCCAGCAAGCUGCCGAUUUCGAGACGGAGGCGGGCUUCCAGGGAGACGGCUGGGUGGAGCUGCCGGGCCGGCUGAUGGCGCACGGUGAUCCGCACCAGCAGGAGCAGCUGACCGUGGAGUUCUCGACGACGCAACCUGACGGCAUCCUCUUCUGGCACGGCCAGGAACUGGAGGCCUCUGGACGCGGACAGGACUACCUCGCUCUAGCAGUUGUGAAUGGCAGCCUGGAGUUCAGCUACGAGCUAGGUUCGGGCCCGGCACGCAUUCGCUACCCGCUGCGAGUGGACGACGGCCGGACGCACACGGCCGUGGCGGAGCGGCAAGCCACGCAGGGGUCGCUGUCCGUCGACAACGGGACGCCCGAGUACGGCGAGAGUGGAGGCCUGCGUGCCAUGCUCAACACCGACGGCAGCAUCUAUGUCGGCGGCCUCCCCAACCCGUCGCUGAUGACGGACGGCCGCUACCUGUCCGGACUGACGGGCUGCGUGCACGCCAUCUACAUUGACGAGGACACGGCGCCGCUCUACCUGCGGGAGCUGGCCAUUGGCGGCAGGAACGUCCGAUCCUGUGACUCUCGCUGGGUUCCGUCCUCACUCGUUCUCACCGAGGAAUCUAAUGCCGGGGUCGCCGAAGGGAACGAUAAUUUCUACGGCGACAACAACGACAGUGGACAGGUCGACCUCAUUUCUGUGGAAAAUGACGACACGAGCGUAAACGGUCCGUACAGUGGCGGGAGCGUCCCCGCCCAUUACGAAACCGGCGACGAGACGGAGAUCGUCGAUCGGCACGAAGUCACCCACCGCCACAGAUUCGAGGAACUCGAGACGGAGGACCCGGUGGUGCUGUGGCAGCCACACGCUUACCCCGAGCCGACGGCGUCAGACCUGCGCACUCUGGCGCCCUCGUCGUCCGUGCACCACUACCCCGCCAGGUCUCGCCCCCCGUCGUCCGCGCGGGUCGCGACCGCCUCCGGGCCGGCCGUGCUGGUGGCGGCAUUCGCCACUGCAGUGGUAGCCGCACUGCGGAUGCACUAGCGGCAUGCGAGUGGGUCUGAAAUUGACAACGAGCUGUUCGGACGGCGACAGAGACGACUCACAGCCGGCCACCGCCGAGGCAAGGGCAGGCGGCAGGCGGGGAGGAAAGCGUGAAGAAACUGCGGCAAAUUGAGAAGGAGAUUAAUGCAAUGAUUCUUUUUUGUGUUCACUAAUGUGUACGAGUGUGUGGAUGCAGUGUGGUGCCUUUGACUACCAGGAAAUUGUCGUAUUUCUGUCAGAGUGCUUCUAAUGUACGACAGUUGUAGUGGCGAGUUGCAACAUCUCUGUGUGUUCGUGUAUUAUUUUAAUUGUUCUCACUAAUCGGUGGGGUUAAUCCACGGUGCAUCUCAAUUUCUUUUUUUACCGUGCUGUCCCCGAUGUUGAAACUGCCACUAGUUUAUAACAAUUGAGAAUGGCGGUGUCAAAUGCACCGUGCCUGCCUGCAUUUAAGAUAAUAACUGUUAUUGUAAAAGUAGGGCUGUGUUACUCUGAUUUCAUUUUCUUCUUAAGUGGCGGAAUGUAAAAAGAAGUAGGGAGAGGAAUGUAAUUUUCCUUCUUCUUUUUUCCUACAUAAUUUUCUGUCCCCUUCCUCCUGUGUGCAUUUGUGCGUGUGCGAGAGAUAGGAUAUGUUUCUAGCGGACGAGGAAGUGUAACGUAAAACGUAGCUGGGAAAAUACUGCACAUUUCCAGUUUUGCAUUCCUCUUGAUACGUACCCAUUUACUAGCUCAAAAGUACUGCUAGAAAAUUCGUACAGGAUUAACUUGCAAUUACAAAAAAAAUUGCAAAAAUUAUAGCUAUGACACAUUUGUUACUUGCAGCAUUUUUUGAUGCCAGUAGAAUAUCAGGAAUGUGCAAACACUUUCCCAGUCGUUUUAAAAAAGUAUUUUGCAUUACUUCUCAGUUUUAACAUUACUGAAAGCAGUAGUUUCUUCACGUUAUUAUUAUUACUACUACUAUUGUACUACUAUUUUAUUAUUAUUAUUAUUAUUAUUUUUAAUUUAUUGCCACUGUCUCGAUACUCUUUUAUCUCGAGUUUGUAGUGUUCGUUUUUAACUCUGUGCGUAUUAUUCCUCUUUGUCCUGCCCGCACCACUAGAAUACAACUUUAUAUUACUGUGUAUAAAAUGCGGCACUUUCCUCUUGAGGGGGAGGAGCCGUUAAAUGAAACUGCCAUUGUAUUCUAGUGAAAACUGAAACUGAAAGAUGUUUUUUUCUGUGACUUAUUAUUAUUAUUUUGUAACUGAGUGUUUAUACGGAACUGUGAGGAGAUAUGAGAUGAUUUGCUCUGUUUUGUUUUUUAUGUAUUUUUUUAAAUGUUUGCUGCUAUGUCCUUUGGUGCUACUAAACUUUUUGUGCCAUAGUGUGCAUCCCAAACCAGUGCAGAUUUUUGUAUAUUAACUACUGUAGUAAGACACUGUCAUUGCCUUGAUGAUGACUGUCAGUUUAAGAUAAUACUUAGCGUUUAUUUGUGAAGGACGAGGAAGAAAAGGUGAAGUAAAGCAUUAUAAUUUUACUGCCAUAAAAGUAAUAAUAAUAAUAAAUUAUGUCUGUUUUUAAGAAAAAA